ACAUACAUAAUCAUCACUUUCCCCCAAGCACUAUUCUAUUCGUUUAGAAAAACUAACAGUAAAAUAGUUUUAAGUUGUUAUGGAGAUCGAUCCUCCACAUGAAAGCGAUGGAAGCACCACCGGAUCAAAGGAAAAUGAGAUGGCUGUGGUGUUCGACAGCUCAGGUAUUGGUUUACCAUAUGCCCCUGAAGAUUUCCCUCAACCUGGUGACAAAUGGGGUUGGAAAGUGGGAAAAAGAGUUGGAGUUUCAGGACACUUUAUAGACAGAUAUCUUUAUCUCCCUGAUCGUCUUCACAAAGAAAAUAAGUUAGUAGGUUUCUCUGGUGUCACUUGUGGCAAAGGUUUCGCUAGCAAAGCUUCACUUGAAAGGUAUUUAAUGGAAACAUUUCCAGGAAUCGAUAUCAAUGCGUUCUUCUCUUCCUUCACUUGGAAAAUCCAAGCUGCAAACAUCAAAGGAAACAAAGAAAUCAUGAUGGAAAAUCCAAUCAGCAAUCAACAAUUCGAUCCAGCAGGGUGUAAAGCGGGAAACAUAAACUGCUCAAGUCUAAGACUACUUGAAACAAACAACCCAAUAUACCCUUACACAAUGCCAUGUGACAUCUGUUGUGUAGAGCCUUAUUUCUGCCAUGAUUGUUGCUGUAUACUUUGUUCUAGACCUGUGAAUUCCUCCAUUAGUGACUACAGUUUCAUAAAAUGUGAAGCCAUGGUGAACCAGAGCCAUGACUUCAUUUGUGGUCACAUUUGCCACAUUGAAUGUGGACUGCGGUCCUAUAUGGCUGGGACCGUGGGUGGGACCAUCGGUCUGGAUGCUGAGUAUUCAUGCAGGCGGUGUGAUGCCAGGACUGACCUGGUCCCACAUGUUGAGAAGCUUCUUAGGAGCUGUGAGAGUAUUUGUGAUUGUGAUAAAGUUCAGAAGAUAUUAAAUCUUUGUAUUAUUAUUUUGAGGGGAUCCACCAAAGCUAGUGCUAUGAAGCUGUUUAAUCAUGUUCAAUCUGCUGUUGCGAAGGUAUUUUGUAAGAAAUAG